GGUGAAGAGGAACGGUAUCUAGCUGUUAUUUAUCUGCAAAAAUUAAUAAGAGGAAGGACUGUUCAGAAUAUGAUGUUUGAAGGCAAGGAGAAGCGUAUAGAGCUGAUUCAGGAACUCCGCACCACCCAUGCACUCCAAGAGGACAAACAACUCCUGAAGCAAGCAGAAAUGGAGGCUAUAUUGGCCUUGCAACAUGAACGAGAUCUACAGCAGCAAAAGCUUUCUACAAUGGAAGAUUAUCUCUCACAUAUCGAAGGUCAUGUACUUGCAGACAUGUUUGACUUCCUGAAUAAGGAGCUGCUGCGACUGCAGGAGGAACGACGCAUCCAUGCAAUUGUUAUGUUGGCUGAGCGUCGCCGUCGCAUCAGGGAGGCAGAAGAAAGUGGUUUACGUCAAGUAGAGGAAAGACGCAGAAGGGAAGAAGAUGAAAUUUUCAAACAG